GAGCGAGACGGAGGACGGAGGCUGCAUCUCUCAGAGAAAAAAAACAGGAAUUAGAGCCGUAAAUAUUACUGAAAAAUGGACAAGAACGACCUAGUACAAAAGGCUAAGCUCGCUGAGCAGGCAGAGCGCUAUGACGACAUGGCUGGGGCCAUGAAGUCUGUGACGGAGCAGGGCGGGGAACUCUCCAACGAGGAGCGCAACCUGCUGUCAGUGGCCUACAAGAACGUGGUGGGGGCACGCCGCUCAUCCUGGCGCGUCAUCUCCAGCAUCGAGCAGAAGACAGAGGGCAACGAGAAGAAGCAGGCCAUGGCCAAGGAGUACCGGGAGAAGAUUGAGACCGAGCUGCAGGACAUCUGCAAUGACGUGCUGGGACUUCUUGACAAGUACCUAAUUGCCAAUGCGACUGCAGCUGAGAGCAAGGUUUUCUACCUGAAAAUGAAAGGCGACUAUUAUAGAUACCUGUCUGAGGUAGCAGCUGGAGACGCAAAGAAGACCACAGUGGAUAACUCCCAGCAGGCAUACCAGGAUGCUUUCGACAUAAGCAAGAAGGAGAUGCAGCCCACACACCCCAUCAGGCUCGGCCUGGCCCUCAACUUCUCUGUGUUCUUCUAUGAAAUCCUCAACAACCCAGAGAAGGCCUGCACCCUGGCCAAAACGGCAUUUGAUGAAGCCAUCGCUGAACUUGACACCUUAAACGAGGAUUCCUACAAAGACAGCACCUUGAUCAUGCAACUACUGGGACACCUGACUCUGUGGACAUCGGAAAACCAGGGAGACGAGGGAGAGACCGGAGAAGGAGAAAACUAAUGGAAUUGCACUGUUAAUCCACCUACACUCUUAAACACAAACAGCUUAUAAACAUCCCCCUCCACUCCAUCAGCCCCUCCCCCUUCUGUAUGACAAGCAGCCUGAAUUGUUCCUGACCAACUAGUUUACCCCUCUCAGGUCACUGAGGCGACAGGGUAAUGUUCAGUUGUUAGCAGGUUGUCAUUUUGUUUGUGAAAAUAAUGUGGUUGUAUUGAGUAGCGAGUCCAUGUUUGUGCGCGCGCGUGCUAGAUCAUAUGUCUGUGUGCCUGUGUGUAUGACUGUUUGUGUUGGGGGCCGGGGGGUUGUGAAUUCUAAUCAUCCUUCAUUUCUUUGUCCUACCUAGCUGGUUAAACAUUUUUCAUUCUUUUUUUUUAUGGUCAUUUUUUUUUAGUGUGAUUCGUCAUGGUAUUUGAAGGUUUUAUCUUAUGGUUAUUAAACUGGCAGUUAAUUUUCACCUAA